AUGGAUGGGGAGGAAGAUGAUUUGUCUCUGCUGACUGCAUUGCUGGAGGAGAAUGAGUCGGCCUUGGAUUGUAAUUCAGAAGAGAGUCAGCCCUUGACCCAGGAAGAUGGUGAACCUGACUCAUUUGAUGAGCUCUUUGACGCUGAUGGUGAUGGUGAAUCUUACACAGAGGAGACUGAUGAGGGAGAAGUGGAAAAGGCUGAAAACCAAAAGGAGAAUUUGGCCACUCUCUUUGGAGACAUGGGAGAUUUAACAGAUGAGGAAGAAGCUCCUACAUCACAAUCAACUAAAGAGAGGGUCAUCCCUGCUCCUGCUCCCAGUCAAGGGAAAACUAAUCAGGAGUUGCAAGAUGAAUUAAGUAAGUUGCAAGAGCAAAUGAAGUCCUUACAAGAACAGCUGAAACUAGCGACAAUUAAACAGCCUGCAAGUCCAACCCUUUCACGUAAAACCCCAGAUAAGUUUCCACGUCCCCCUCUUAAGGAGAAGAAAGUUCAGAAAAUUCAGGAGUCAUUGUGCUUUGCUGCGGAGCUUGACAUCCCUACUCUACCAAAACCCAAGCGAGUGGCUCGGACACCAAAGGUCUCAUCUGCAGAGCCCCAGUGUUCAUCUUUGAAGAUGAGAAGUAUACUCUCCCAACCACUCCGAACAACUCCUGGGAACAAGCCUGGUGGGAUGACUAGGGAUCAGAGUGCAGGGACACCCAGGAGCUCUGGGGAAAUGGCUCAGGAAGUCUCUGUGGAAGCCUUCUCUGGCCUGAGGCUCAGAAAGCCUCGAGUAUCCUCCACAGAAAUGAACAAGAAAAUGAUCGGCCGAAAACUUAUCAGACUGUCUCAGCUCAAGGAAAAGAUGGCAGUUGAGAAGCUGGAAGAAAUAGACUGGGUGACGUUUGGGGUUAUAUUGAAGAAAAUCACUCCACAGAGUUCUAACAGUGGGAAAACAUUUAGCAUCUGGCGACUGAAUGAUCUUCGUGACCUGACACGAUGCGUGUCACUGUUCCUGUUUGGAGAGGUUCACAGAGAACUCUGGAAGACUGAGCAGGGUUCUGUCAUAGGGCUGCUCAACGCAAACCCCAUGAAGCCCAAGGAUGGUUCGGAGGAGAUAUGCUUAUCUAUUGAUCAUCCUCAAAAGAUCUUAAUUAUGGGGGAAGCUCUUGACCUGGGAACCUGUAAAGCAAAGAAAAAGAAUGGAGAACCAUGUACACAGAUUGUGAAUUUGAACGACUGUGAGUACUGUCAGUAUCACAUCCAGGCCCAGUACAAGAGGCUUAGCGCCAGGCGAGCUGACUUGCAGUCCACCUUCUCUGGAGGCCGCAUUCCAAAGAAGUUUGCUCGCAAAGGCAUCAGCCUGAAAGAACGGCUGUGUCAGGAUGGUUUUUACUACGGAGGUGUUUCUUCAGCCUCAUAUGCAGCCUCAAUUGCAGCCGCUGUUGCACCUAAAAAGAAGUUUCAAACCACUCUGACUAACCUGGUGGUUAAGGGCACAGACUUGAUUCUUCAGGAAACUCAACAAAAACUAGGAAUGCCCCAGAAGAGCUUGUCUUGUUCUGAGGAAUUCAGGGAAUUGAUGGACUUGCCUACAUCUGGAGCCAGAAACCUGAAACAUCAUUUAGCCAAAGCCAAGUCAUCAGGGAUCAUGGGGAGCCAGAAACCUGCUUUCCAGUCUAUCUCAGCAUCAGCCCUCUUGAAGCAACAGAAGCAGCAUAUGUUAGAGAUGCGGAAAAAGAAAUCAGAAGAAAUACAGAAACGCUUUUUGCAAAGCUCCAGUGAAAGCAAGAGCCCAGCUGUGCCAUCCUCUUCUCAGCAGCCCCCUUGUCGAUCUCCACCAACGGGGGCUGAAUUCCCCAAGAUGAAAGGAACCCCAACCGCACAGAUGCCCAAGCUUGGAAGAGGCAUCUCAGAAGGAGAUGAUGUCCUCUUUUUUGAUGAGUCACCACCACCAAGACCAAAACUGAGUGCCUUAGCAGAAGCCAAAAAGUUAGCUGCUAUAACCAAAUUAAGGUCAAAAGGCCAGAUUCUUACAAAAACAGACCCAAAUAGCAUUAAGAAGCUAAAGGAAGCCCAGGAUGUCCUGGAAGUGAAGGAACGUGUAGAAAAGAACAGCACAUUUUCUCCUCAAGCUGAGGAUGAAUUGGAGCCUGCCAAGAAAAAAAGGAGAGAACAACUUGCCUACCUGGAAUCUGAGGAAUUUCAGACAAUUCUAAAAGCAAAAUCGAGGCACACAGGGAUCUUAAAAGAGGCCGAGGCUGAGCUGCAGGAACGCUAUUUUGAGCCUCUGGUGAAAAAAGAACAAAUGGAAGAAAAGAUGAGAAACACCCGGGAAGUAAAAUGUCGAGUUGUGACAUGCAAGACGUGUGCCUACACCCACUUCAAGCCUCUGGAGACCUGCGUCAGCGAGCAGCAUGACUACCACUGGCAUGACGGUGUGAAGAGGUUUUUCAAGUGUCCCUGUGGAAACAGAACCAUCUCCCUUGACAGACUCCCCCAGAAGCACUGCAGUAACUGUGGCCUCUUCAAAUGGGAACGGGACGGAAUGUUAAAGGAAAAUACAGGUCCAAAGAUAGGAGGAGAAACCUUGUUACCAAGAGGAGAAGAACAUGCCAAAUUUCUGAAUAGCCUUAAAUAG